AUGGCGCCGAAUUCCUCCCAAUCCUCUACAUCUUCUCCGUCCUUGAAACGAAAGCAGGCGACCAUCUCGAGCUUUUUCACACAAAAGCCAUCUUCGACACCGAAGCCUGCAGCGGGGAGCACCGAGCUUGCCGCAGAGAAGGCAUCAAAGAAGAGACCCGCCUCUCCAACAGAACCAAGCCCCGAGCCGAAACGCGCAGUCCCCAUACAGGAGCAAGACGAGGACGAGGGUGACAUCGUGGUUCCACCCUCAAAACGAGCUCGAACCAAUGGCUCUCCCGCAGAAGAGAACAAGCUAGCUGCUGUCCCGACAGAAAUCCCCCUUAUCACGGCUUCCCAACUCAGCAGCAGCCAGCGUACCGAUAUCUUCAAGUUCCAGAGCUCGCCCGCCGUUGCGCCACCAAGCAAAGAAGCCGAGAACCCAGAGGAGGCGGAACGAAGGAAAGAAAAAGAAAAGUUACACCAGAAGUUUGUACGGAAACUCGGCGGUCCUGAUUGUUUGAUUGGAAUCGGGAGGACUGCCGCCAGUGACGUUGCUGGCGCCGCGGCUGAGGGCGAAGAAGAGGAGGAUGAAGAUGAACCUGCACCCCCGCCUCCGACUAAGGGUAAAGGUGCAGCGAAGAAGGGUGGCAAGCUUACGCCUAUGGAGAAGCAAGUCAUCGAGAUCAAGCGCAAGCAUAUGGAGACUGUGUUGGUGAUUGAGGUUGGGUACAAGUUCCGGUUCUUUGGCGAGGAUGCUCGUAUUGCGGCGAAGGAGCUUGGGAUUGUGUGUAUCCCGGGGAAAUUCCGGUUUGACGAGCAUCCAUCGGAGGCACACCUCGACCGCUUCGCGUCUGCUAGUAUCCCCGUGCACCGGCUACAUGUUCAUGUGAAACGCCUGGUAACGGCGGGCCACAAGGUUGGCGUCGUGCGGCAGAUUGAGACAGCAGCGCUCAAGGCUGCGGGCGAUAACCGCAAUGCGCCUUUUAUUCGAAAGUUGACCAACUUGUACACGAAGGGGACCUACAUCGACGAUGUCGAGGGUAUUGAAGGCCCGGCUGCUGCGGCCGGUGGCGCGUCUCCGGCGACGGGCUACAUGCUGUGCAUCACAGAGACCAAUGCCAAAGGUUGGGGCAAUGAUGAGCGAGUGCAUGUUGGUGUUGUUGCCGUUCAGCCUGCCACGGGUGACGUGAUCUACGACGACUUUGAAGAUGGGUUUAUGCGCAGCGAGAUCGAGACCCGGCUGCUGCACAUUGCACCUUGUGAGAUUCUGAUUGUUGGAGAGAUGUCGAAAGCCAGCGAAAAGCUUGUACGGCACCUGUCUGGGAGCAAAAUGAAUGUCUUCGGUGAUGCGGUGCGUCUUGAACGGGCACCGAAGAAAAAGACCGCUGCGGCUGAGGCGCAUAGUCAUGUUUCUGGCUUUUAUGCCGGGAAAAUGAAAGCUACUGGUACAGAAGAGGAUGUUCAUGCAGCUAAGCUGCUACAGAAUGUCCUUGAAUUACCGGAACAUGUUACUGUUUGUCUUUCUGCUAUGAUUGAACAUAUGACCGAGUACGGACUCGAACAUGUUUUUGAUCUAACAAAGUACUUCCAACCUUUCUCGGCGAGGUCACAUAUGCUCUUGAAUGGAAAUACGCUGGCCAGCCUGGAGAUUUACCAGAACCAGACUGAUCACUCGGCCAAGGGUAGUCUAUUCUGGACGUUGGACCGGACACAUACGCGAUUUGGGCAACGGUUGCUCCGGCGCUGGGUGGGACGGCCGUUGCUUGAUAAGGUACGACUUGAAGAGCGGGCCGACGCGAUAGAGGAGCUCACAAAUCCCGUACGCACUGUGAUUGUGGAGCGGGUGAGAAGACUGUUGGGUAAAAUUAAGAGUGACUUGGAAAAGAGUUUGAUCCGUAUCUACUACGGCAAGUGCACCCGGCCAGAGCUUCUCACAGUCCUGCAGACUAUGCAGACAAUUGCAAUGGAAUUCGCCGAUGUCAAGUCUCCAGCAGAUACCGGGUUCGAAUCCUCCCUCAUUAGCGAAGCCAUUGCCUCCCUUCCAACCAUCUUGAAAGACGUCACCCGGUUCUUGGACAAGAUUAAUCUUCACGCCGCACGGAAUGAUGACAAGUACGCAUUCUUCCGCGAAGAGGAGGAGACGGAGGAGAUUGGUGAGGAAAAGCUCGGAAUCGCUAGUAUCGAGCACGAGCUGCAAGAGCACCUCUCUGUAGCCAGCGAGCGUCUGCAAAGGAAGGGAGUCAAGUAUACGACGGUCUCUGGCAUUGAAUACCUUAUCGAGAUCGAAAACAAUUCCUUAGCCAUCAAGAAAGUCCCAGCAUCUUGGAUCAAGGUCAGCGGAACGAAGAAGGUUUCACGCUUCCACACGCCAGAGGUGAUCCAACUCAUUCGCCAACGUGAUCAGCACAAGGAAGCUCUAGCCGCAGCCUGUGACAAGGCCUUUGCGGCGCUUCUCGGCGAUAUCGCGACACAAUACCAAUCAUUCAGGGAUUGUGUCCAGUCCCUCGCAACGCUGGACUGUCUUCUCUCCCUCGCAGUCAUUGCCCAACAACCUGGCUACGUCAAGCCGGAAUUCACAGAGCGACCAUGCCUCCACGUCGAGCAGGGCCGCCACCCGAUGGUGGAACGCAUUCUUACAGACACGUACGUCCCCAACGACACCAACCUCGACCCGGACCGCACACGAGCACUCCUUGUCACAGGUCCUAACAUGGGCGGCAAGUCGAGUUACGUGCGCCAAGUCGCCCUCAUCGCGAUCAUGGGCCAAAUUGGCUCAUACGUGCCUGCCACCUCCGCCAAGCUAGGUCUCCUCGAUGCCGUCUUCACGCGGAUGGGCGCUUUCGACAACAUGCUCGCCGGCGAAUCCACCUUCAUGGUCGAGCUCUCUGAAACAGCCGACAUUCUCAAGCAAGCCACGCCGCGCUCCUUGGUCAUCCUCGACGAGCUUGGCCGUGGCACCUCGACACAUGACGGCGUCGCCAUCGCUCAGGCCGUGCUGGACUACAUGGUUCGGAACAUCCGCUCGUUGACACUUUUCAUCACGCACUACCAACACCUCUCGCGCAUGGUGCGCUCGUUCCCGAAUAAGGAGCUGCGCAAUGUGCAUAUGCGGUUCACAGAAUCGGGCGGCAAGAACGGGGACGAGGAAAUCACUUUCUUGUAUGAGGUUGCCGAGGGCGUGGCGCAUCGAAGUUACGGCCUCAAUGUAGCACGGUUGGCGCAUUUGCCGGCCUCUGUGCUGGAGUUGGCGAAGACCAAGAGUGCAGAGUUGGAGGGGGUGAUUAAGAGGAAGAGGUUGGCGGCACUUGUUGGAGCUGUUGGUAGAGUUGUGGAGGUGAAAGAUGGUGGCGGUGCUGCUUCUGCAGACGAUGAGCUGGUUGAGCGAUUGCUUGCUAGCGCGGACCAGUUGUAG